AUGAAGUCCUCAGAUCCCGGCCGACCCAGCAGCCGUCGCGCCGCCUCAGGUGCCUGGAACCGCCUCAAGCCCGUCCGCGAAGAUGUCCUGGAGACAUACGGACUCCCUUCCAAAGGAGAGACACGGCUGAACGACUUCAAAACACAAGAAAUCUACUUCAACCGCAUAAUAGAACGCUACAUGAAACUCUGCGCCCUCAACCGCGACGAACUCGACCGCCUCUUCAUAUCCGUCAGCAUCCCGCCUCCCGACACGACCACGACGACCAAGUCCACGACAGCGCCCACUGCGAAUUCCAAACUCACAUCCUCCUUCUCCUCGCUCUCCCUCUCCAAACACGCACCCCCAGAAGCCCGUCAACAACCCACCACCCGCCCACCCCUCGCCUCAACAUCCACCAACACACCACAUCACCAACCCAUACCGCAAAAAGCCUUCACGCCCUCCAUCCAAGAACUCUCCACCGUCCUCGCCUCCCUCCGCAAAUUACGAGAAGCCAUAACCGCGUCCUCACGCACCGACGCCUUCGCCCUCCGCGCCUACACCUUCGCUAUCCACGUCAGCAUCCUCUGCCACGACUGGUCUUCCUACCUGCCCUCUCUCCUCUCUCUCCUCGGGAAGAUCCACCCCGUUAACCCGCUUUCGCCAUCGACCCUGCACGAAGUCGUCGGCCUGUUGAUCCUCGACCAAGCAUGCCGGCAGUCCGAUUACUCGGGUGCGCGCGCCACGAAACUACGAUAUGGGUAUAAAGACUGGCGCGUGGAGAAGGUGUUGCAGUGUCUGGUAGCCGAUGACUACGUGGGGUUUUGGCGGGUGAGAAGGAGUGUGGAUGGGUAUCAGAGGAGGGUUAUGGAGUGGGCGGAUGGAGGGGUUAGGGUGCAUGCGCUUAAGUGUUUGGGAAGGGCGUACUUGAGUGCGGAUAGGGCGUUUGUGGAGAGGUGUGCGGAGAGGAGCUGGGAGGAGUUGGUGCAGGAGGGGGUGGGCUGGGAAUUGAGUGCGGAUGGGGAGAGGGUUUUGAUUAAGAAGAUGAAGGGAUAA